AUGGGAGGUGACAUCCACCACAAGGACCGAAAGGUUCGUCGCAAGGAACCCAAGAGUCAGGACAUCUCCCUGCGCCUCCUGGUCAAGCUAUACAGGUUUCUGGCCAGGCGGACCAACUCCACCUUGAACCGCACCAACCGGCCGCCCCUGUCGUUCUCUCAGAUGAUCCGGAAGAUGAAGCUUCCUGGCCAAGAACACAAGACACCGAUGGUCGUGGGGACCAUCACGGAUGAUGUGUGGGUGCAAGAGAUGCCCAAGCUGAAGGUGUGCACCCUGCGAGUGAACAGCCGGGCCCGGAGCCACAUCCUCAAGGCUGGGGGCAAGAUCCUCACCUUUGACCAGCUAGCCCUGGACUCCCCCAAGGGUUGUGGCACUGUCCUGCUGUCAGGUCCACGCAAGGGCCCUGAGAUGUAUAGGCAUUUCUACAAGGCACCAGGGACCCCCCGCCCCCCCCACAAUCACACCAAACCCUAUGUUCGCUCCAAGGGCCAGAAGUUUGAGCCACCCAGAGGCCAACGUGCCAGCCGAGGCUACAAAAACUAA